UCAUGUCAGUCAACUGUUUGAUAUGAUUGAAUCACCUAUUCCACAACAAUAAGCAGAACGGGUUCGGUGUAUACCUCGGAAGCAGCAGCCAAUGGCUACGGCCAAGGUUAACUGCGAUUGGCUGGGAACAAGGUUAUCGGGUAGGGUUACGACUGUGACGCUCAGCCCGGCUUAUAAAGUGCGUUCGAUCAGCUGUUGAUCAGCUGUUGCGAGAAGCCGGCCGGUGUAAUUCCGAGGAAGCAAGUGGAUAUCGUGUAAGCAUUAAUAUGGGGGAUCUGGACAUUGACAAUUACUUGGGAUCCGACCCAGCAUCCGACAUCAUUCAAGAUAUCAUUUCAGGGUCUAGACGACACAAGGUUUUAUGUCAGACGCUGGAAGCUGGUCUGUUUGAGGAAAUCGAGACAUUCAGAGGCCCUGUCUCCAGCGCAGAUCUCGCCAGAAAGUGUCACUAUAACCAUGACGUCACGGAGAGACUCCUCAACACAUUAGUGUGUCUGAAGCUGUUGGAGAAGACUACAUCUACCGACGGUGUUGUUGGGUACAAGAACUCCACGGCGACAACCAGAUACCUGCUUCGCUCCAAGCGGCCAAGCAUGAUCGCCUGUUGCAUGAGCGAAGCCGCUAUGGUCCUCCCGGCACUAGAUAAUCUGGCUGCUGUCCUCAAAAGAGGGACCUCCGAGAUGUUCAUGUCGGCGAUGGAGGGCAUGGCGCGUAAUGUGCCUUUUACAGGGGGAAGCUUACUUCUGCUGGAGAAGAUUCUCAACGAAGAUAAAGAUGGACCAUGGCCAUGUAUCAGCAUGGAUCUUGUCAUGGCAAUGAUCUCAAAGGGAAGGGAGAGAACUCCGUCAGAAUACAGCACGUUGCUCAAGAAGCACGGGUUUUCAAACACCCAGAUCAAAUCAAUAGAAGGGUGCAAUUACUAUGAUGCUAUUCUUGCAAAGAAACCGUUUUAGGUAUGCAGUGUAGCGUGUGACUUCCAUACACAGACCAGUGAGCCGGUGAUGCACAUGAGGACGGAGGGUGGAGAAGGUGUUCGUAAUGUUCAUUUGUCAUUUACUUAUUCACUUUCACAACGCAAUAUCAAUGUCACGAAACUUCAGCCACUGUAUUUAUUGUCUUGCAACAUUUAGUUAGUGCAUAUGUUUCCACGUCGUGGCGUAUUGGAGCUGUGUUUUCGCCUACCGUCCACAGAGGCACACAGCAUAUCCCCGUGAUCCCGGACACCUCACGUAAUUUAUAGAAACUUGAUAGGAGCAUGAGACCACCAUGGCAACGAUGGAGCGAAGUUAUUGUAUAUACGUGAUACACGUGAAUUAGUUACUCCGUCUGUUUCAAGAACAACUUUUUGUUAGGCGACAAGAGCCAAUAUAGUAUGUUUCCGCAUGUUUUGUAUUUGUUAUGAGAUCUGUACAUUAUUUACAACUCUUCAUAUCAUCAUGUAUUUUACACUUUUAUAUCACAUUUUGUAACAUGUUGUAAGAAAAUACAGUAUAAUGUACGUCAAAUA